AUGAGUUCAAUUCAGAGUAAAGAUGACAUAGAAAUCCGAUUAAUGGAGAAAAAACAUAUGAAAGAAGCACUCAAUUGUUUUUCAGUGUUUGAUCUUCAGGAAAGUCUGUCCACUUUAGAGGCAUUUUAUGAAUGCGAUUCAAAAGCCUUUUAUGUUGCUAUCAAUCGAAAGGACAAUCGAGUUAUAGGUGCUUGUGGUGCACCCGUCACAACACAUAACUCAGGCUUUUUAGGACUUUAUGUCGUCGACAGUGAGUUUCAAAAUAGAGGAAUUGGUAAACAAUUGUUUGAAUCAUGUCUACAAAACAUCGGAAACAGGAACUGUGGUUUACAUGCCGUUCCCGAAAAACUUGAAAUGUAUCGAAAUAAAGCUGGAUUUCGGGUUAGUGAAGGUAUAUCAAUGGUUGUAUGCAGUGGUAUACCCAUGAAUUGGCAGAGUCUAAGACAAAAUGUCGAUAAAGAAAUUAAAAUUGAAGUUUUCAAUAGAGAUAACAAUGAAUUGUUGCAAAAGAUUAUUGAUUAUGACUCGAGAGUACAAAUGAAUGGCAAUCGCGAAAAACUAAUUAAUUUAUGUCUUCAUAACUCAGGUUAUACCACAUUUGUGGCCAUUAAUGAUAAUACAAAACAAUUAAAUGGUUUUGGAUGUAUUAGAAUUGAUUAUGAAGGUAAAGGUAUGAUAGGACCUGUUUAUGGUGAUAAUGAAAUAAUAGGUGAAGUAUUGAUUUACAAUCUUUUAAAAUCAUGUCCCGUCACACAAACUAAAGGAUUGUUAUAUAUGACAAUCUCUUCGUCAAUGACUGGCAUUGAAAUCUCUAAGAAGUUAGAGUUGACUGAAACUGAAAGAUGUGAGAGAGUGUUCACUAAACAUGUUAUUCCUGUUAAUCAUUCACUCAUUUAUUGUUUGUUUUCACCUAAUUUUGGUCUUUAA